UCUUAAUGUCAUCAUUCCGUUAAUAGAAAUCAUUUAACUCUGAAUAUUACACUAUGCUCAAUGGAUAAGAAUAAAGUUUCUUUAAAGAAGAAAUGGAUGGCUAGGAAUUGACGAAAUUAAUUUUAAACAUAGCUCAACUAGUUGAAUACUAUGAUUUAAGAAAAGAUCCAAUAAAGGAUUAUUUUUUAGAGAAAAUGUAAUACAUUCUAUCCAGACCAUUUACUUUAUGUAAUUUAAAAAAGAAAGAUGAUGAAAAUACAAUAAAUAAAGAAAUGAAAAAAUCUCGUCACUCUCAUUUUUCCUAAAAUGUUUAAAAGUUGGAAAUGUAAUCCCUGUUACAAAGCAACUCAGAGGAAAAUGAAGGAACAAUAAAAUUAUUAUAAUAAGUAUACAGUUUAUCAAUAAUAAUAGGAUUACGAAAAAUAACUAAUAGAGUAAACAUUGUUAGUUUAAUAAGACUUUAAAUCUCAAAUGGGAAAUCUAAAAAGUAAAUUGAUGCAUCGAAAAAAUAAAAGUUUAUUUUGUCAUUCUACCAAAAUGAAUAAUUAAGAGGAUUAGAAUAGGAAUAAAAAUAGAUAAAAGACAUGUUAAAGUAGUAUUUCAUAAAAUUCUGAAAAUUAGCAUCAUAAUUCUAGUGUAAUAUGUUGA